AUGGCUGGUCUUGUUCCGCGUGGGACACGUCGUGUGCCACGUAUGCAGCUUCGUGGAUUUAGUGAGGUGCUGGACCACAGCGCCUAUCUCAACAUGAUUCUGAAUGCGAAGGUCUAUGACGUUUGCAAAAGAACUGAUUUGCACUUUGCCCCUGGACUCUCGAAGAGCACUGGCAGCCGGGUCUUCUUUAAACGUGAAGACCAACAAAGUGUCUACAGCUUCAAGCUGAGAGGUGCUUACAACAAGAUCGUGAAUUUGACGCCGGAGGAAAAGGCCAUGGGCAUUUGCGCCUGCUCCGCUGGGAACCACGCGCAGGGCGUGGCCUUCUCCGCAGCUGCUCUGGACAUCUCGGCAAAGAUCUUUAUGCCACAGACAACGCCCAACAUCAAGGUGGACGCAGUGCGCAGGUUCUCCAACGCGAAGUCCGAAGUCAUUCUCGUUGGAGACAACUAUGAUGCAGCUUAUGCUGCCACACUGGAAUGCAUGAAAGCUGAAGGCCGAGUCCUUGUGCAUCCGUUCAACGAUCCCUUGGUGAUUGCUGGGCAAGGCACCAUUGGCAAGGAGAUCCUUGAGCAGACGACAAAGGAAGAGGUGGAGGCCGUGUUCUGCUGCGUGGGCGGUGGCGGUCUCUUGGCGGGUGUGGCUGCUUUUCUGAAGGCUGUGAAGCCUGAGAUCAAGGUCAUCGGUGUCGAAGCGAUCGACAGUGCUGCGAUGACCGAGAGUCUUCGUGCCAAGGAGAUUGUAACAUUACCUUCAGUCGGCCUCUUUGCAGAUGGUGCUGCCGUCCCUCAGCCUGCAGGGAUGAUACAUUGUGAAACCACAAGGGAUCCGGCACGAUUGCCACGGGAAGAGAUCCUAAAACUUCUGAAAUCCCGGGAGCUCCUUGAUGUGGCGCGAGUGGGGGAUGAAACGUUUCGCCUUUGCUCCAAUCACGUGGAUGACAUGAUCACCGUCUCCACAGACGAGAUCUGUGCUGCCAUCAAGGAUUCCUUCAAAGAUACCCGUGUCAUGGCUGCAUUGUACCAGGUGUCUUGUGUGGUCCUGGAGCCCGCGGGCGCCUUGGCCACGGCCGGGCUGAAGCGCUACGCCGAGAGCGGCGACCGGGAGGGGGGGACCUUGGUUGCAGUGAGCAGUGGUGCCAACAUGGAUUUCGAUCGGUUGCGCUUCGUGUCUGAACGAGCAGAUACCUCCGAGACGCACAUCGCAGUUUAUAUUCCUGAAAAACCAGGAGCUUUUAUCGACUUCUACCGUCUCAUUUUCCCGCGCAACGUCACGGAGUUUUCCUACCGCAUUGGUGGAAAUCCUGCCAGUAUCUUCAUGAGCUUUCAGGCCACCUCCGAUGCGGAUCGGCAAAAGGCCAUCGACAGUUUGAGGUCUUCGGGCUACGAUGUGCUGGAUCUCAGUCAGAACGAGUUGGCCAAGACCCAUGGAAAAAGACUCAUAGGUGGCCGCGCGCCAGUGGAGCUUACGGCCGAGGAAGGUCUCUUCAGCUUUGAAUUCCCAGAGAAACCUGGAGCUUUGAUGAAGUUCCUGGAGCAGCUCCCAUCAGAUUUUAACGUGUCGCUUUUCCACUACCGCGGCCAUGGUGCCGACGUGGCUCGUGUGCUGGUGGGGCUGCAGGUGCCUAGCAAAUCCCGCCCACACUUCCGAGAGUAUUUGGCCUACCUGGUCUCAAAGGGAUAUUCUUGGAAGGAGUCGUCCGGACCCAAUGUGUUCGACUGUUCGACUUGUUUCAAGUUGUGGAUUGAAUGA